UGUUUAUUAGAAAAUAGAAACAAUGAAGAAUAGACAUAGUGUUAAAGUAUCUGUAAAAUGGAUUCCCAUUUUCUCUAUUGCCUUCUUCUUCAUUGGAAUGCUAUUUUCUAACAGAUUGUGGUCACCAACUGAAUCCAGCAGUCAGCUCAUAGCUCAGCAUAGAAGGGAUCAAGAACUUCAAGUUGUUUCUGAGGACUGUAAUUCAACCAAAAAGAAACAAGGACAAGACAAGGAUGUAAUGCAAGAGGUGUACAAAACCCAUGAAGCAAUUCAAUCAUUGGACAAAUCAAUUGCUAUGCUUCAGAUGGAGUUGGCAGCCACUAGGAGUACACAGGAAAUGAAGGUGGCUGAUCAGUCUUCCAAUUCUUCUCGUUCUCAAGAUGGACCUCCGAGGAAAAAGGUUUUUGUGGUAAUUGGAAUUAAUACCGCUUUUAGCAGUCGGAAGAGGCGUGAUUCCGUUAGAGAAACUUGGAUGCCUCAAGGGGAAAAGCUUCUCAAAUUGGAGAAAGAGAAGGGAAUUGUAGUCCGGUUCAUGAUUGGUCACAGUGCAACAUCUAACAGCAUACUGGAUCGCGCUAUUGAUUCUGAAGAAGCUCAACAUAAAGACUUUCUCAGGCUGGAGCAUGUUGAAGGAUAUCACGAGCUCUCUGCCAAAACUAAGAUUUUCUUUUCUACCGCUGUUGCAAGAUGGGAUGCCGACUUCUAUGUCAAGGUUGAUGAUGACGUCCAUGUCAAUUUGGGAAUGCUAGCUGCAACUCUAGCCCGUCAUCGGUCGAAACCCAGAAUUUAUAUUGGGUGUAUGAAAUCUGGACCUGUUCUUGCUCAAAAGACUGUAAAGUACCACGAGCCAGAGUACUGGAAAUUUGGAGAAGAAGGAAACAAAUACUUCCGACAUGCAACUGGUCAGAUCUAUGCCAUCUCCAAGGACUUGGCCACAUACAUAUCAAUCAAUCAGCCCAUAUUGCACAAGUAUGCCAAUGAAGACGUGUCAUUAGGGGCUUGGUUUAUCGGUCUUGAAGUUGAGCACAUCGAUGAACGCACUAUGUGCUGUGGAACUCCACCAGAUUGUGACUGGAAGGCAGAGGCAGGUAAUGUAUGUGUUGCCUCCUUUGACUGGAGCUGCAGCGGAAUUUGUAAAUCAGUAGAGAAGUUAAAAUACGUCCAUGAAAAGUGCGGUGAAGGGGAAGAAGCUCUUUGGAAUGCUCUCUUCUAAUUUCCCUUAAACAAAUAGAGAUUCUUGCUGAGAGAUAGCUGUCGGAUAAUUUCCAUCUGGCUGGCUGUUUUUGAUUGCCAAAAUACACUCAGAACUUGUUGAGUAGAGCAAUUUGUAUAAUAUGAAACUGUUAGAUUGAGAGCAUGUUUGUUGUAGAUUAUGUCUCUGUCUAGAUGAUGAUUUAGAUUUCGGAUUUCGAAGGACAGCGGAAAUCCCUUUCUAAUUCUUGUCAGCAUAUCCCUUAGAUAUGUACUCACAUUUUUUGGUAAUGUAAUUUUGGUGGUGGUGAGUGAGGUUCAUUGUUGUUUCUUGUUUGUGAGUAGAAGGCCUCCAUUUUGAAGAUUGACAAUCUAGUGUUAUUUUCUUCUUCUUUGAAUUAUUAAUAUUCUGGACUCCAGAUUA